AUAUUUAUAUGCGAUAAGGAUAGGUAGAACUCAAGGCAUUGCAAACACAAUGACUUCUUCCAUGUCCUUCCUUGGACUCUCUUCUUCCUCCUCUUCUACUGUUAGCUCUAUGUGGUUUUACGAUGUAUUCUUGAGUUUUAGAGGAGAUGAUACUCGCAAUACUUUUACUGCCCAUCUCUACCAUGCUUUGCUUCAAAAUGGCAUCCACACCUACAUAGAUGAGGACGAGCUUAGAAGAGGUGAUGAAAUCUCACCUGCACUUCUCCAAGCCAUUGAAAAUUCCCGACUUUCAAUUAUCGUGCUCUCAGAAAAUUAUGCAUCAUCUAUUUGGUGUUUGGAUGAAUUGCUCAACAUUCUCAAUUGCAAGGAAACAAAGCAACAAAUAGUUUUACCUAUAUUUUACCAUGUAAAUCCAUCGGAUGUACGAAAUCAAAGAGGUAGUUUUGGAGAAGCUUUGGCUAUAUGUGUAGGAAAAUUCAACAAAGAUGUGAAGAAGGUGCAAAGGUGGAAGGCAGCCCUACAAGAAGUGGCCAAUUUGGCUGGAUACGAGUUGGAAAAUGGGAAUGAAUCGAAAUUCAUCCAAGAAAUCGUUCAAGAGGUCUCUAGAAUAGUAAAUUAUUCAUAUCUAAACAUCGCAAAAUAUCUAGUUGGGAUGGAGUCUCGGGUGCAAGACAUUGAUUUGCUUUUAAGUAUCAGGAUGAAUGACAUACGCAUGGUGGGAAUAUUUGGAGUUGGAGGAAUUGGUAAGACAACUAUUGCCAAAAAGAUCUAUAACUCAAUUUUUUCACAAUUUGAUGUUCAUUGUUUCUUGACAAAUGUUAGAGAAACUUCAAACCAAGUGGGUGGUCUGGUCCAAAUGCAAAAUACACUCCUUAAUGAGAUUCUAAAAGCCUAUAAAUGUUUUGAUGUUCGUAAUGUUGAUAGAGGAGUUUAUGAGUUAAAGCGCAAACUUUGCUCUAGAAGGGUUCUCUUAAUUCUUGAUGAUGUGGAUAAGUUAGUCCAGCUAGAAACAUUAGCUGGAGAUCGUGAUUGGUUUGGUUUAGGAAGUAGAAUUAUCAUAACUACAAGAGAUCAGAAUUUAUUAAAUAACCAUAAGGUUGAUUCAAAAUAUGAAGUAAAGAGAUUGGACCAUAAUGAAGCUCUUGAGCUCUUUAGUUGGCAUGCUUUUGAGGAAGAUAAACCUAUUGAAGAUUAUGUGGAACUCUCUAAGCAAGUAAUAUCAUAUGCUGAGGGCCUUCCACUAGCUUUAACAGUGCUAGGCUCAGAUCUAAGGGGUCAGAGUAUAAAUCAAUGGAGAAGUGUAUUGGAUAAGUAUAAAAGAAUUCCUAGCAAAAAUAUUCAAGAAGUACUCUGUAUAAGUUACGAUGGAUUGGAUGAUAAUGAGAAGGAGAUUUUCCUCGAUAUUGCCUUUUUUUUCAAAGGACAACACAUGGAUUAUGUCGUUAAAAUAUUAGAUAGUUGUGGUUUCUCUCCAGACAAUGGUAUCAAAAGGCUUAUAGAUAAGUGUCUUAUAACAAUUACUAUUCACAAUACAUUGUGGAUGCAUGACUUGCUACAAGAUAUGGGCAAAGAAAUUGUUCGAAAGGAAUCACGCAAAGAACCAUGCACACGUAGUAGAUUAUGGUUUUACGAAGAUGUUCGCUAUGUACUAGAGGAAAAUGUAGGAACAAACAAUGUUGAGGGGAUAAAAGUGGUUCUGCCUGAGGGCGAUGAUCAUGACAUGAUAUGCUUGAGUCCCAAAUCGUUUGCAAAGAUGAAAAGACUCAAAUUUUUUAUAAGCCAUGGUGCACGCUUUUCUGGAAGAUCACUUGAUUAUCUUUCUAAUGAAUUAAGAGUGAUUGAUUGGUCAAACUGUCCUUUACAAUCUUUGCCAUCUAAUUUCCGUGGAGAGAAGCUCAUUGAUUUUCAACUAUAUGGAGGCCGCAUCAAGGACAUUAGCGGCCAAUUUAAGGAAUUGGAUAUUUUGGGUUGCGAAAAUUUAGUCGAAGUUCAUGAUUCUGUUGGAUUCCUGGAUAAGCUUGUUCGUUUGCAUCUUUAUCACUGCUCCAACCUGAAGAGUUUUCCAAGGCAUCUCAAGUUGAGAUCUCUACAAGUCCUUACACUUCAUAGUUGCUCUAAACUUCAAAACUUUCCAGAAAUCGAGUGUAAAAUGGAAUAUUUAUGUUUAAUCUCAUUAUUGGGCAGUGCAAUAAAAGAAUUGCCUUCAUCCAUUGGGUACCUCACUCCUGCGCUUAAAGAGUUAUUUCUGCCUGGACAAUGCACAAAACUUAUGCAUCUCCCUAGUAGCAUUCAUCAGUUGCAAAAUCUGACGGUGGUUUUUCAAACUGACUGUGUUGGAUGCUUAACUGGGAUUGAAUGUUUAUCUAUAGAAGGCGGCAUGGACCUCAUGCGUUUUCCAAUUAGCGUUCCUCACUGGCAACAUCCAAAGAGUUUUUCUCUCGAUAAGUAUACAAAUCUUGCAAAAGAAGAAAUAAGUUUAACCAUGAGGUACCGGACUGAGCCUAAACAUUUCCACGUAACAACAUCCGGAAUGAUUAAGAGGUCUAAACCAGAAUCAAGUGCUGAAUUACUCCUGAUGCCGGUUUAUAAUUGGUACCUUGACGACUUUUCAUUUUAUUGCACAUCCACUUUGCAAGAGUUAGAUCUAUCUUGGUGUGAUAUUGUCAGCCUUCCUCUGGGCAUCGAAAUCUAUUUAGAAUUGAGGAUUCUCAAAUUGCGGCAUUGCGAGAAACUUCAAGAAAUUCUACUUCUUCCACCAAAUAUACAAGAGCUAUAUGCUAGUGAGUGUUUCUCCUUGGAAAGAUUCCCAGAAGUAUCAACAAAAUUUCAAUUCCAUACAUCAUGUGGCUUGCGAGACCUAAGAUGGAUUGAUUUGUCCGGUUGCCAUAAAUUGCUUGCAAAUAUAGGGAGUCAGGUGCCAAAUCCUUUAGUUGUUGAGGAACAUAUUCAGGACCAUUCAUGUGGUAUUAUAUUUCCUGGGAAUAAGAUUCCAAAUUGGUUUAGCCAUACAAAGGAGCCUUCAAAUAGAGAUUCGUGUGAAUUGAAUAUUUGUGGGCCCUUAUAUUUGGAUGAAAUCAUAGGUAUUUUUUUCUGUGCUGUUCUUGGAUCCAACUCGGAUGACUCCCCCUCCGGUAUCCGUGUUUCUAUAAAUGGUAACAUGCUGGUAGAAGCAAAUUUUGAAUUAUUAGGAGACUGCGAUCAUGUAUAUCUAAAUUACUCAUUUCCUGAAUGUAUCGAGCAAUGGCUACAGUACCCAACAGGAGAGAAUUUGAGGUUUAUAUUUGAUAGCAAUGAAGAAGUUGUAGUGAUGUUUAAAAGUUGCGGAGUUCACAUAAUCUAUAAGCAUGAAGAGAAUGAGAGUUUAAUAGUUGGGGAGUGCUCAGUAGAUUCAUCGAGUGGUAUCCAGAAGUAUCAACAAAAUUUCAAUUCUAUACAUCAUGUGUCUUGCAAGAGCUAAGAUGGAUUGAUUUGUUCGGUUGCCAUAAAUUGGUUGCAAAUAUAGGGAGUCAGGCGCCAAAUCCUUCAUUUGUUGAGGAACAUAUUCAGGACCAUUCAUGUGGUAUUAUAUUUCCAGGGAAUAAGAUUCUAGAUUGGUUUAGCCAUACUAAGGAGCCUUCAAAAACAGAUUCAUGCGAAUUGGAUAUUAGUGGACCCUUUUAUUUGGAUGAAAUCAUAGGAAUUGUUUUCUGUGCUGUUCUUGGAUCCAACACGGAUGACUCCCCUUCCGAUAUUCGUGUUUCUAUAAACGGUAACAUGCUUGUAGAAGCAAAUCUUGAAUUAUUAGGAGACUGGAAUCAUGUAUAUCUAAAUUACUCAUUUCCAGAAUGUAUCGAGCAAUAGCUACGAUACCCAACAGGAGACAAUCUUAGGUUUAUAUUUGAUAGCAAUGAAGAAGCUGCAGUGAUGUUUAAAAGUUGUGGAGUUCACAUAAUCUAUAAGCAUGGAGAGAAUGAGAGUUUAACUGUUGGGGAGUGCUCAGUAGAUUCAUCGAAUGGUAUCGAACUUUGUAAGAGACGCCGAGAUGAUGAAGACCGCAACUUGGAAUUCAAUGGGUAUCCACAACACAAGAUGUGCUCUCAAAACUUGAGCAAUUCAAAUGUGGUUGUCGAUUUUGCAGAUGUUGAUGUUGAUUUCGCAGUAGUAGAAGGAGGCUCUGAGGGAAGUUUAAAAGAAGAAGAAGUACUUGCCUCUCAAUCUGCAUCCCAAGAAGGCCAAGCCAAUUCAGAGAAGCUGGCUUACUAGGCACUAGGUUCAAUCUGUUGCUCUCUUUUCUCCUCCUCAGCUUGUUGAAAGACUUUCAGCUUUACUAAAGCCUUGUGAAGAACCAUGCAUGGAACAUCAAAUUUAUCUUCAAAAACUGCUUUAUUUCUUCUAGACCAAAUACCUGCAAAUAUUACAAAUAUUUCUUCUAUUUCUUCUGAUUAAAAAUCUGCUACAGUUUUUCCCAUAGCUGGGAAAAUUAUAUGGAACUUAAUUAAUACGCUUUAAUUAGUUGGUUUAUUGGUUCUUAUAUAUAUAUAUAAAUAUAAUCGAAGUAUACCAGAAAAUCCAGUAGUUAACAAUUCAACUGUCUCAGUUUGACUAAGAUUAUUGUGGACAUAAGCAUUUGCAACUAUAGACAUCUUAUUCAUGAUAUUGAAGAUUUCUUGUUUAGAGAAUCCGUCAAUAUUCCAUUCAUAAAUGUUGUCAAAAGAAACGGUAAACUAUGUUAUAUAUAUAUAUAUAUAUAUGUGUGUGUGUGUGUGUAUAUAAUUAAUAUGUUAGGUGAUCAUGGGAUUUUUUGAUGUUGGGGUAUUAAUUUGGAUUAAUUAAUUGCCUUUCUUGUAUUUCUUGGCACUACACAAAAUUAUAUUAUUCUUUCCUCUAAACAGAUAUGAUGGAUUAAAUGAUGAGUCUCUGUCUCUCUAUCCUGAAACCUUAAUUAAUUAAUUAGUAGUACUAUUAAUAAUCCUAUCAACCAAAUGCAUAACUCAUGAUGACAAAAUUAUAAGUAAAUGCACGAACAGACCUAAUUUCCACUUAUGUUUUCAUUGGAUACAAUUUUUCCAUUCACUCCGAAUUAAUUAAUGAUGAUGCGUGAAGUAUAUAUGUUA